CUCUGGAAUAUUGCCCUUAAUUUUAGGCAAUUGUCAUUUGUUAUACAUUUUGGAACAGCACAACAUAAUGGGCGCACAACCGACGCCAGUGGUCUGUCCCCUCUCGACAGCAUAAACAAAUGAAACUUUGCAUUUGCCUCUGCAAGGGCAAAUACACAUCUACAGGUGUAACAUAAUAGGCUGCAUAGUCAACGCGGAAUUAACUUGAACGGUAGCCUACUCUAGGUAAAACUAAGUUUGUUUUAUAACAAUAAUACAAAAAAUAUAAGCAGCUCAGGCAAGACGUGGUUUGCAGGGGAAAUCAAACCUACAAUAAUGAAGAUAAAUUCGGACGCAACAAUAUUGAUCUACCUGCCUUUUUCCAAGAGAAAAAUAUGACUUGAUUUGUUAUAUAAUAGGCUUUAUGGGUGGGAGGAUAUUUGUUGUGCAUGAUUGAAAUGUAAACUAAUCACUGAUUUCCUUAAACACGCUUUGACCUGAUAUGAUCCAUUCAUUUCCAUGGUGAAUUUAUGACAAAAUAUGAUUUUUGCCUAAAAUAUAAUUUCACGAUUAAUAAUAAGAGCUCAUUUUGGUAAAAACAUUUUGUUUUGACUCCUGUCCACCAAUAGAGGACCACUAGAGCACCAUAAUAGUGUAGCAGUCUGCUGAACUUUUCUCAUGUGCAAGUGUUUAGCAAUGUUAUUGAGAUGAAAAUUGAACAACCACUGCUUAAAUAAAAAAAAUAUUACAGAAAGAAACAGAUUGGCUUACACAGUCUGUGAUUAAUGAGUGAUAAUUUUAUUAAAUCAGUCUGUAUGAAAGAUUUUUCAAAACCGGCAUGUUCUAGAAUGUUAGGUUGGCGUACUGUUGUUAUACGAGUGAAGUGGGAGGGGCCUCGUCGUCAAACCGCGCUACCACUGCUGUUACACUGCACACACUUUAAACUAUGCGGAUGAACUUAGGAAACUGAAUAGGUCUUGAUACUUGUUUAAAGAUCAGCGACAAAGUGACACCUUUACAGUUUAGACUUCCCUAAAGGUUUCCACAAAAUAUAUGUCACCAUGUCCUCUGCUGAACUGCACGGACGACUUCAGGCGCAGACAUAAAUAACUGGAUAUCCAAAAGUCCGUUCUAAUUACUAAUGGCUGAGCGUCGGUGAUUUUCUAUGGCCGGAACUUGCUUCAAGUGUCCGGUCUCUUUAACUGUCUUCAAGCGCUCUUUCUGCGUCACACCACGUUCUGGACCCGCUUCACGGACCUUCUUUUACGGGGGACGACUGGGCGAGAAAGGCGUACAGGAGGGAUGUUGGGCCGCACGCCCUACUGCUUUGCGGACCGUGGGUUCUUUCCGAUUUCCUGCCUAUUUCUGUUUCUCUUGUCAGGAAUCCAUGAGUGAAAGCCUACGGACAUGCUACCUUUAUCUGAACCAGACCAGUCGCAGUUUCGCAGCUGUUAUCCAAGCGCUAGAUGGAGAGUUACGGCAUGCGGUAUGUAUCUUCUACCUGGUCCUACGGGCCCUGGACACAGUGGAAGAUGAUAUGACCAUCCCUUUUGAGAAGAAGGUGCCCAUGCUGAAUGACUUUCACACCUACCUUUAUCAGGCUGACUGGUGCUUUACUGAGAGCCAUGAAAGGGACAAGCAGGUCCUGGAGGACUUCGCCACGAUUUCCUUAGAGUUCAGGAAUCUGGGACAAGAAUACCAGGAUGUGAUCUCGGAUAUCUGCCAACGUAUGGGAGUGGGAAUGGCUGAGUUUCUGGAAAAGAAAGUAGGCUCCAUGAAGGAGUGGGACCAGUACUGUCACUAUGUGGCAGGGCUGGUGGGUAUAGGUCUGUCCCAAUUGUUUUCUGCCUCACAACUGGAGGACCCAGAGGUGGGAAGAGACACAGAGCUAGCCAACUCCAUGGGCCUGUUCCUCCAAAAGACCAACAUUAUCAGAGAUUAUCUGGAGGACAUACAAGUGGCCAGGGCCUUCUGGCCACAAGAGGCAUGGAGUCAGUUUGCGUGUCAUCUGGAGGAUCUGGCAGAGCCUGCCCAUUUGACUUCAGCCCUGUCCUGUCUAAACCUGCUAGUGACAGAUGCCCUGCGUCACGUUCCUGAUGUCAUAUCCUAUCUAGCGCGGCUCAGAAAUCAAAGCGUCUUCAACUUCUGUGCCAUACCACAGGUGAUGGCAAUAGCAACCCUCUCAGCCUGUUACAACAACCCUCAGGUCUUCCAGGGGGUGGUAAAGAUCAGGAAAGGUCAAGCUGUCACCCUUAUGAUGCAAGCCACCAACAUGGCUGCCGUGCAAAGCAUCAUGGCCCAGUACAGCCAGAAGAUGUUACACAGGGUGUCCCUGACAGAUCCGUCUCGGGACAAAACACUGCGCAUCCUGCGUGUGAUCCAGGAAAGGACUGUAUCCCAAACCACCCUGCCCUCCCGGACCACCCACCUUUCCCCCAUAUACCUCUCUGCUGCCAUGCUCAUAGCUGCCCUCAGCUGGCAAUACCUGAGCACUGGACAACCUGAAGGCAACACUGAUAUGCAGGGUCACUGACCCUCACCCUGCAUAGGGUGCACAGACUGAAAUGGCCCCCAUUUCGCCAUAGGCCUGGUUCUUCCUCUGCCCUCUAGAAAAGUUUCCUUUCCAUUAACCUGAUCUAUGAUGGUCCAUAGAGGUCUGUACUAUGAGAGGUUACUGGGAUUUCUUAUUGUGUUUGAUAGUGAUUUGCGGUAGUCACCUUUUCAUACAUCCAAUUCACAUGGCUGUUUCUCAUUUUCUUCACACUCUCAUUUUUGUUGUGGUUGAUUUUAGUUUUCAACCACAAAUAUUGUUUUAAACGCAUUUAUUGAAAAUAACUAUCAUGGAAUGUUGUUUGAACAACAAUGUCUUGUUUGAGGUUUCUUUUUUUGUCUGUAGCAAAGAUACAAUUGUUCUAUUUAUGUGGUCUGUCUGUCUCUACCGCAGGAACUAUGGCCAUACUGUACUGUAUGUACAGUAUGCCUUCUUAUCAGAACUGUUGUCACAUCCAGUCAUAAACAGAUCUGGGAACAUUUCAAUAUCUAAUGUAACAUUCUGAUUUGUAAAUAAUAUAACAAAUAAUAAACAGGAGAAAAACAUGCCUCAUCAUUGUUACAAAGGUCAAAA